CCUCCCUCCUUCCCUUUUUUUAAAUGCUGCUUUGGUGGCCAUGCCUUCCUCUUGUGCUUAGAGGUGGGACAGUUUGUGUGUCCUGUGUUUCUUGGAGAGGUUUCUGCCCUUCGGGAUUGCAUUGUGACUAGAGCGUUCAAAAGUUGGGAUUUUAUAGAUUCCCCAGCUUUUUCUCUUUGUUAGUAUGGCAGUAAGUUUCUCUUGGGCUUUCUGCAUCCUUAGUGGAAGCGGAGACCAAGCAGGUCUAGAUGCCUCUGUUUUGACUUCACGUUUUAUUGCUGGUUUGAUUGGCAGUAGAAUUCUAGUUUGGAAAACGUUUCCAUCCAAAAUGUUAAAGGCAUUGAUCUGUUGUCUUAGAAGCUAGAGCUUCCAUUGCUGCUGUUGAGAAGCCUGAAACCAUUCUGAACCGUGUUAGUUUGUGUGUGACCUGUUUCUUCUCCACGGCAGCCAGCAGGGGCUGUGUCUCCCGUGUUCAGUCACAGGUCUGUUUUCAUCCCUGUGCUGGGUGCCUGCUGGGCUAUUCUAUUGGGAAUUAUGUUCUUUGCCUUUGGGAACUUUUCUUGAAUUACCCUGUUGCUUUCUGUGCUGUUAGGAUAUUGAACCUGCUGGACUGCUUGUCACAGCAGCUUUUCUCUCCUAUUUUCUUUGGUUUUGUCCUUUUGCUCUACUUUCUGGGUAAUUUCCUCAGCUUCAUCUCCAGUUCUUUCUCUGAGUUCCUUGUUUUUGCUUUCAAAGUUUUAUUGUCAUGAGAUCUUUUUUCUCAGAGUGUCCUUUUUAAUAGUGUCCUGUUCUUAUAACAUCACUGCACUAUCCUCUCUUAUCUCCUUUUAAGAUGUUAGUGAAAGUUUUUUGUUUGUUCAGGUUUUCUUCUUCAUGCAUAGUUUUGUUUCCUCCAAAUUUCCUUUCAUUUCGUUUCAUUUGUUUUGGUCUUGAUCUUGAACGUUGAGGUUUCCCCAGAUGUCUGGUGAUAUUUAGAUGCCUGUUUAUGUUUAACAAUCAGGAACCAAAAAUCUGGUGUUAAAGCUUGAAGCUCAUGAGUGGUACGGUGCUUGUUGACUGUGAGGGUCUCUGUAAGGUGAUCUGGCCAGGCCAUUUCCCUGGCCAUCUCCAAUGUAUUUUCAGGUUUCUUCCCUCUUGGGCUGGCUGAUUCCAUAGAUACCUUCCAGUCCUCUGCUGGACAGCGCAGGCCUGGUCAGCAGCUGGGACCUGAGGGGCUGUGAUGGUGAUGGGACAGGUGGAAGGAGUCUCAGCACCUAGGGUGCAUACCUGUUCACCUGACCCCAUUUUUAUAUGGCACUCACCCUGACCUCAGCUGCGUGCCUCUCAAGUCAGAGGCCACUAUUUUACUUUCAGAGAAUAGGUUCUAGUCUUUCCUGUUCUGGAAAAAGCACAGGGACCGGACCUGGGAUCUGACUGCUGCUUACACACCCUGGACAGAUCCUUAUUAGUUAAGCUUCACUUCCAACUUCAUUUACAGAAGUAACUUUUUUGUCAAUUCCUUAGGUUUGGGUGAUUUUCUUGGCAUUCCUUGUGCCAACUGAAUGCUCACUUUUCUUGAGUCUGCUUGGUUUUCAUCGCUGUUGUCUGCUCCUGUUUUUCCAUUUUACUGGGUUUUUGACUUUGAAAAAUUCUUUACAGAUGCAGUGAAGUUCUUAGUGAGAGAAAGUAGAGCUGUGUGUUUAAAUCUGUCAUUCUUACCCAGAACUCCAAACGGUAAUCUUACCCAGAACUCCAAACUGUGUGUUUAAAUCUGUCAUUCUUACCCAGAACUCCAAACGCUUAAUUUUAAAAAAAUCUUCUUUUGAGGUUCUUGCUCUUGCCCAGGCCUCCUGUCUAGGCUUUGAUCCUGGGCCUCUCUUGCUUAGAGAAGACAGAGUUUGGUAAUAGUGGCAUAACUUUAAGACCUACUAUUGUUAAGAAGCUUAUGAGGUUUGCCAACUAAUUUUCUUUUUAAAAUUAUAACAGGCCCAAGUCUGUUUUGGUGGUCUGAGAAGAAAAAAGACGAGCUUCUAAAGUUUUGGGAAAACUAUAUUUUAAUUAUGGAAACUCUGGAAGGAAAUCAGGUAAGAGUUUUCAUAUUUUAACAAAUCCCACGUGGAUCCAGUUCUUAUUUUUGAAGCAUCCUGUAAAAGCAGUGCAAAAAGUCCAACCUGGAUAUGGCAUGAAAGAGCACAGUGUACCUUGUUUUCUGGCAUAAAUGCACUUUAAAAUGGAAUGUAAACCCCGGAAAUUAAAGAGUACUUUCAGUCAACUUAAGUGAUCAUUCAGAGAACUUAAUCUUAUUUGAUCUUCCCUUGGCAUUUACUUUUUGAUGUGUUAGUUCCUCAAUGGUGUGAAUAACCUCCCAAAAAUACACACUUUGGAAAACUGUACUUAAAGUGAUUCUGAGCAAAUUGUUACUAAGUAAAUAAUUGCCCUUUAAUUUUGUAUGUUUUCUUUCUUUUUAAGUUGUUACCUGGUCCUAAGGGUGGAAACUUGAAAAGUAAUUACCAGUUGACUUUGAAUCAGUUUUUGUGGAGUCAUAGAAUUUUUAAGUUGAGAGGAGUCUCCUAAGAUAACCUAACCUAGUGCCAUGGUUCUCAAACUUUAGUGUUCAUUCCAAUCCCCAGGUGGCUUGUUAAGGUAUAAAUUGCUGAGUCCACUUCCUAGAGUUUCUGAUUCGGUAGAUCUGAUGUGGCCCCAAGAAUUUGAGUAUUUUAUAUGUUCCCAGGAGACACCUGUGCUGCUGCUGGGGGGACCAUGCUUGAGAACCUGGUGUAGGGCUUCCCAGUCUGUAAGCUGCAGACCACUAGGGGGCAGCCAGCUGUGGAGGCACUGAGGUGUCAGUCCAAGUGCGGAGCAAGCAUUGUCUGUGGAUUGAAAUAGUUACUCAUGAGUGUUAAAUAUAUAUAUUUAUUUGUAUAUAUAAAUAUUAAAAGCAUUUCUAAAUUCAAAUAAAUUUUUUUGGUUUUCCAUAGUCAGCAGAUCCACAAGACUCCCACUGUUUAUUUAGAAAUUCUGAUUUACCUGUAUUUGGAAGGACAUAUAAAUUAGACUGGUACCUGCGACAUAAUCUAAGUAUGAGGAACAUUGAGCUGAACUUCUGAAUGUGUGGCCUUGAGCAACUUGAGUGACUGGAGAAUGUAUUUCAAUGUUUUUUCCUCUUUGUAAUAUAUGAGUAUUAUCAGCCUUGUGUCCCAGGACAGUUGAGGAUUUCAUGACAUAAUGUUUGAUAUUCAUGGUAUAAAUGUAACAUUACUGUCACUGUAUUCUAGGUUAUAAUCAUUAACUUUGUCACUUUCACUCUUACAUACUUGAAUUUAUCUUACUUAAAAAACGGGAAGAAUCAGGUACCUUCUGCUUAUUUUUUACAUGGCAGUGGGGUUAUGUAGAUAGAUGAAAAUUCUCUUAAGUUUUUAAAGGUGAAUUUUUUAUUUCAUGUGUCAUUUUGCUUUGUUUUCAGAUACAUGUUAUAAAGCCAGUUUUGCCAAAGCUGCACAGUCUCUUUGAAUAUGCAGUGUCAGAGGAGCAUGGUAACUGCUGCGAGGAUGUUGGCUUACGAAUAUAUACUUUACGCGAAGCAACAACAUGUGGGUCCAAUGUCAACCUGAAGCUUUUCCUGUAGGACAGUGGCUCUUUCACCCCUCCUGGCACCUGUGUAUUUACAAAAGAAUGUUUGAAAGUGAAAACAAAAUCCUGACCAAAGAAGGUGUUAUCCACUUUUUGGAGCUGUAUGAAACGAAGGUGCUUCCGUUUUCACCAGAAUUUUCUGAGUUUAUUAUUGGACCAUUAAUGGACGCACUUUCAGAGAGCUCUCUAUAUAGCAGGUCCCCGGGCCAGCUGAUAGGAAGUGGGUCUCCACUGGGCUUUAAAUUACAGAGGUUUUUAGUCACUUAUACAUCUCUUCUUCCAGAAGAACUAAAGAGUAGUUUUUUGUUAAAAUUUAUUCAGAAGAUGACAAGUAGACAUUGGUGUGCUGUUCCCAUUUUGUUUCUCUCUAAGGCCUUGGCCGGUGUCCCGAGAUGCAAAGCCCUGGGUCUGGAAGGGCUCCUGGCCCUCAGGGAUGUUCUCCAGUGCACCAUGGUCACACACCAGAUCCUGCUGCGGGGGGCCGCCCAGUGCUACCUUCUCCACACAGCUAUGAACCUGGUUGACGUGGAGAAAGUGUCACUUUCUGACAUCUCGACUUUUCUCAUGUCACUGAGACAAGAGGAGUCCUUAGGACGAGGAACGUCACUGUGGACAGAGCUCUGUGAUUGGCUGCGUGCUAACGAAAGCUGCUUUGGAGGAUCCUCAACUUGUAGCUCCACUGGACUUCAAGAGACGUGCUCUUUAAAUGCUUAUGUCAAGAACCUAGUUCAAAAGUUCAUUAAGUCACCUGCUUGGGAAACAGGAGAAAACUGUUGGAUGCCCGAUUGGGCUGAAGCCAAGCUUGUUGCUCUGAUGGUCUUGCUGGCAGUAGAUGUGGAAGGAAUGAAGAUUCAAUACAGUGAAAGACAGAGGACACAGAAUGUCCUGCGGAUAUUCCUAGAUCCUCUCCUGGACGCCCUCGCGAAGCUGGGCAGGAGUGCCUACAUGCCCCUGCCGAAAACGGACAGAUGCCUCCAGCUGCUGGUGACGCUGCUGCACACCUGCGUGUUGAGAGGCUCCGGCGCCCAGGAUGGUGAUGGUGAGGAGUUUCCUGAGUGUCCUGCUGAUGAGGUGUUGACCCUCCUUCAGGGCUUUAUUGUGUCCACUUCAGAGAGCAUCUCCGACUUUCUCCUCAGGAGACUGACUAUGAAUGAGCUGAGCAGUGUUUCAGACCUGGAUCGGUGCCACUUAUACCUGCAGGUCUUUGCUGAGCUUACAGAUCUCCAUGUGAAGGCGGGGUGGAAGAGAGGCAACCCCAUCUGGAGAGUGGUUUCUCCUCUGAGAAACGCAUCCAUUAAGCAUCUUCAGGACACGGACAGUGGGCAGGCGCUUGGGAGGCAGGUUCAGAGGGUGGUCAGUAUGGCUGCCUUGGCUGCGGUGUGUGAGGCCAUUGACCAGAAGCCAGAGCUGCAGCUGGACUCUCUGGACGCUGGACCCACGGAGAGGUUCCUCGCCUCCCUUCAGCUCAAUCAGAUGCUGCAGAAGCCGUGCCCAGAGGAGCAGAGCAGUGUUUUGGAAGAAUCAUCGUCUUCCCAAGGAUGGGGGAAAAUAGCUGCGCAGUAUAUUCAUGAUCAGUGGGUCUGCCUCUCCUUUCUGCUGAGAAAAUAUCACACCCUUAUACCAGCCUCCGGGGGCGAACUCCCGGAACCCAUUCUGCCUGCCGUUCAGAUGCCAGCGAGGACUCUGCAGGCUGCGCUAGCCGCGCUCCUGGUUCUGCCCUCCGACCGAGUCCUGCCUGUGUUCCACUGCAUGAAACUUCUGGUUCCCAAGCUCCUGGCCUCCUCCGAGUCCGUCUGCAUAGAGGCUUUUGACAUGGGUUGGAAAAUCAUAUCUUCUUUAAGCAACACUCAGCUGACAUUCUGGUCCAAUUUAAAAGCUUUUGUUCAGUUUGUUUUUGAUACCAAAGUCCUUACCAUUGCUGCAAAAAUCAAGGGCCAGGCAUAUUUCAAAAUAAAAGAGAUUAUGCACAAGAUGAUUGAAAUGUCUGCUAUAAAAACUGGAGUCUUCAAUAUACUGAUAACUUACUGCUGCCAGUCUUGGAUAGUUCCUGUCUCAAAUAUGUCCCAAGUGUCUCUCUCAAGUGCUAGAAGUUACAGCGAGCUGGUCCUUGAGGCUUGUGUGUUUGGAACUGUGUUCAGGCGUGAUCAGAGACUCAUUCAGGACGUACAGACCUUUAUAGAAAACCUUGGACACGACUGUGCAGCAAACGUCAUUAUUGAAAAUACCAGAAGAGAGGACCAUUAUGUCAGAGUUUGUGCUGUCAAGUUCCUGUGCUUAUUAGAUGGCUCAGAUACGUCUCAUAGGUCGUUUGUGGAAGAUCUUGCAAUCAAGCUGUUAGAUAAAGAUGAACUGGUGUCAGUGUCUAGAACCCGUUACUAUGUGAAUUCUCAACAGCACAGAGUGAAAAACCGAAUAUGGCAGGUUCUGCUUGUACUUUUCCCCAGAUUCGAUCAGAAUUUCUUGAACAGAAUCAUUGACAAGAUUUUCCAGGCUGGUUUCACCAAUAACCAGGCGUCCGUAAAGUAUUACAUAGAAUGGAUUAUUAUACUGAUUCUCCAUAAAUUUCCUCAGUUUCUUCCGAAGUUCUGGGAUUGUUUUUCUUACGGUGAAGAAAACCUUAAAACAAGCAUUUGUACAUUUUUAGCAGUUUUGUCACAUUUGGACAUCAUUACUCAAAAUAUUCCAGAAAAGAAGCUCGUCCUGAAGCAGGCCCUGGUCAUCGUGCUGCAGUGGGGCUUCAGUCACAACUUCAGUGUCCGCCUGUAUGCACUUGUGGCUCUUAAGAAAAUCUGGGGCAUGUGUAAGACGAUGCAGGUGGCAGAAUUGGACGCGUUGACAUCUGUGAUCGAAUCCAGUCUUAAUCAGGUGGAAAGCGCGCAUGGAUCGGGGAACGCCAAGAAGAACUGGCAACGCAUCCAAGACCAUUUCUUUUUUGCAACAUUUCACCCACUUGAGGAUUACUGUCUGGAGACCAUAUUUUACAUCCUUCCUCGCCUUUCGGGCCUUGUUGAGGACGAGUGGAUUGCCCUUGACAAGUUCACCAGGUUCACGGACAUCCCCUUGGAUGCAGGAUGUCAGCGCUACCUUUCUCCAACUCAGCUUCGUGAACUACGGCCAGGUGACUGGGCUCAGCAGGACGUAGGUUCUAACUCAGGUGAAGCAGACACCCAGUCCGAGUGGACUGACGUUCAGAAGAAGAUAAUCCCAUGGAAGAGUAACGUUCCUGAUUUAGACCUGGAGCUAGUGUUUCAGGAUCGUGCUGCCAAGCUUGGAAAGUCUAUCAGUCGACUGAUUGUGGUGGCCUCACUCAUUGAUAAACCCACCAAUUUAGGAGGGCUGUGCCGCACCUGUGAGGUGUUUGGGGCUGCGGCACUGGUCGUCGGCAACCUUCAGUGCGUAGGUGACAAACAGUUCCAGUAUCUCAGCGUCUCCGCCGAACAGUGGCUUCCCUUAGUGGAGGUAAGACCACCUCAGCUGACGGGCUACCUGCAGCAGAAGAAAGCAGAAGGCUACACGGUCAUUGGCGUGGAGCAGACAGCCAGGAGUGCGGACCUGACCCACUACUGCUUUCCCGAGAGGGCUCUGCUCCUGCUGGGAAAUGAACGUGAAGGGAUCCCAGCAAAUCUGAUCCAGCAGCUGGACGUCUGUGUGGAAAUCCCUCAACAGGGCAUCAUCCGCUCGCUGAACGUCCACGUGAGUGGAGCUCUGCUGAUCUGGGAAUAUACCAGACAGCAGCUCCGCAGGCGCGGGGGCACCCAGUCCUGAGGUCCACACCUUCUUGGAGAUGAGUUAUCAGUGCUAAUGGAACAUUUAAAAAACAAAACAAAACUUUGGACAAAUGAAAUUCUCUGAAUUUACUGGAAUAAUUAGUAUUUUUUUCUUACAAUUUAAUGCCAAACUUUUUCAUGUGCCUUAAACAUAUUAUUAUAUGUUGUCCUCUUCUUUAAUAAAAUGUUUUAAGCAACUA